UUACCGACUUACCCUUGCAGUUGAUCUAACCUGAUCUUGGGGUGUCUGGGACCCCCAAAAUCUUGACCCCUCUAAAACAAAGGCAUGUCCAGUCUUCUACAUCUGUAGUCACUGCUGUGGCGCGAGAAACAUGUGUGGUCGAACUGCUUGUUCCCUGAAUCCAGACACUUUGAGUCGUGCAUGCGGCUAUAAAGACGCAACUGGCAAACAGCCCAUAACCUCCUGGGCCAAGAACGACGUUCAGUAUACUCCUUCCUGUAACAUCGGUCCAAAAGAUGUUCUUCCGUGUCUCAUAGCAGGCUCGCAUGUCGAUCUGGAAGACGAAAGAGCCCUAUGCGCUAUGUUUUGGAGUAUGAUUCCACCUUGGCACGAGGGCGACUAUAGGAAGUUUAAUUUAUCAACGCAUAACGCGCGGCUGGAGAACAUCAAAACUUCCAAAUUGUAUGGCCCACCUCUUCGCAAGGGACAAAGAUGUGUUGUAGUAUGCGAAGGAUACUAUGAAUGGAAGGCUGGAAAAACAAAGAAAGAUCCUAAGCAACCAUAUUACAUUUAUGCUACUCAGAAGGAAGGUGUGAGGGCAGAUGAUCCCACAACAUGGAAAGAUGAAUGGUCAGAAGAGUUGGGUUGGCAGGGAUUUAAAAUGCUCAAAAUGGCAGGGCUAUUCAGUGUAUUUAAAACUGGAGAUGGUAAAACAAUACACAGUUGUACAGUAAUUACAACAAAUUCAAACGAUGUUAUGUCUGGGCUACACGAUCGUGUGCCUGUGUUUCUAACCACAGAAGAAGAUAUACAGACCUGGCUCAAUGAAGAUUUAUCAGCAGCUGAAGCUGUUGACAAAUUAAACAAAUUAACGUUAUCGCCCGGCGAUUUAAGUUGGCAUACAGUCUCCACUCUUGUAAACAAUGUAUUAUGUAAAAGUGACAAUUGCAGAAGAGAGACAAAGCCUUUAGAAGAGAAAAAAACCAACCCUUCUGGUUUUAUGGCUUCCUGGCUGCAAAAGGGGUCUACAGAAUCAGACAAAAGAAAAAGUACCGAAACUGAAGAAACUGACGAAGUUCCUUCAAAAAGUACAAAGAAAAGAGUGGUAGUAUACGUACUAUCUGGAAAGUUGUGGUUGCGCGUUUUCGUCUCCCGUGCGGCGGGGGCUGCCCUUCGCAAGAAUCCGCUUCACGCAUGGCACCGCUUCGUGCCUGAGACGCCUUUUUCUCGGAGACAGAGAGAGCAAGAUCGUGCGCGGCCGGGGCCCAGCCUCUUCGCGUGCUUCGUCUCGUUUUGCCGUUUUCGAGCGCCGGAGAGACCGAGUCGCGAACGAGCCGACAGAAUGACCAGUCAAGAGACCUGCGAACAGGGUAUCAGCAACGUAGAAACUGAGUACCACGAGAUCAAUUCGAAAGAAGCCUGGCCGAUCCUGUAUCAGCAUAUACGCAAUGAAUGCAGCAAUUUCUCUUAUACCUAUAACGAAUCAAGGAAGCCACAGAACAAAAAUUUAAAUCGUUAUAGAGAUGUUUUGCCGUACGACCAUAGUAGGAUUGUCCUUAAAAGGGGUCCAUGCGAUUACAUUAAUGCUAACCUCAUACAGGUAGAUCGUGCUCACAGACAAUACAUCCUUACUCAAGGACCAUUGGAAAAUACUGCUGGCCACUUUUGGCUAAUGGUAUGGGAGCAAAAUUCUAAAGCGGUGUUAAUGUUAAAUAAAAUAAUUGAAAAGAAUCAUGUUAAGUGUUAUCAGUAUUGGCCUCUGGGUGAUUCAGAGAAUAAUAAUACUAUGAUGUUUCCGGAUGUUGGUUUAAAAGUAACAUUUGUCAGCAAAACAGAAUCAUCGGAUUAUACGACUAGAGUAUUAAAAUUAACUGAUUUGGAAACGAAUGAAAGUAGAGAAAUAUUACAUUUUCAUUAUACCACUUGGCCAGAUUUUGGAGUACCGCAAAGUCCAACAGCAUUUUUAUCCUUCUUAACGCAUGUUAGGCAGUCGGGUGCGUUAGAUCAAAAUGUUGGCCCUCCUGUGGUGCAUUGCUCGGCAGGAAUUGGAAGAUCAGGGACAUUUUGUUUAGUGGACACCUGCCUUGUUUUGAUCGGAGAAAAUGGGUUGAAUUCUGUAAAUGUUAGAGAUAUACUGAUCGAAAUGAGAAGAUAUAGAAUGGGUUUAAUCCAAACACCGGGUCAACUUAGAUUUUCGUAUGCCGCUAUCAUUGAAGGGGCAAAACAAUUACUGUCCAACAACGUGAACAUUAAUAAUGAGGUGGUAACAAAUCACUACGAUGUGGUAAGUAAUCUUAAUAACUCAACAGUGGAAGAAGAGGAUGAACCACCUCCUUUGCCGCCUCCGAGAGGUGAAUCUUUAACGCGUAGCAUGAUGGCAGAUUUAACUUCAAAUCCAGUAACUAAUAAAAAUGAUGAAUUGGGUGGACCGCCUGAUAAACCGUUACCCAGAGAGCCAUCAGCUCCCACAGAAACCUCUACCAGUUCACCAGUUGCAAACUCUACAGUAAUUACAAACAAUUUACACGAAAAGAACUCUGACGGUGUUGUAGUGCCUAAUGAAAACACCAGUGACGGUGAAAACUCUUUACAAACAAUUAGCCCUCCGUCCAGUCCCGAUACGAAAAACGAAGUACGUCAUCGUAAUAAAGAGAAGAAGGAACGUUUGGCAGCGCAAGUACGAGAGAUGAAACGUCGACAAAAGGAAACAGAAGAAUGGCAGAAACUCAAGAGGUCAUUAUUUAAGCCCCUUUCAAUAGGCAUAGGCGCCGCAAUUGUUGGUGGGGGUAUUAUAGCAAUCUGUGGCUAUUUGUAUAUGCGAGGUUAGGACAGAAUUGUUUCUAUGUCACAUGUGUACAUGGACCUUCGCGUUAACAGUGAUAAUAGGUGAUUCGCACAUUCAAGAAUAGUUACUUUCGUCAUGAAAUAUUUAACAGUUUCAUUGCACGCGUCAUUGAUUGCCAUUGAUCGAAAGAGUAAUUAAUCAGGAACGAAGUAUUUUUUGUUACGUAAUUUGAAGCGAAACAGUCAUCACGAGCCGUUGUAUCAGUAAGAGACAAUUAAGGAGAGACACCGGUUAACAAAGAAACGUUAAAGAGAAGUAACUUAUUCUAACGAAGUGCAUUUGUAAAGGACAUUGUUGCACGACAAAGAAGCUACAAACGAUAAAAAAAAAAAAGAAAAGAAAUGGGUACUUUUAUGAUGACAGAGAAUGAAAGAGAAACGGAAAUAUUCAAUUUGUAUUUUUAUAUUGUGAUUCACUCAAUGAGUAUGUAGAAUACUAGAAAGUACACAUUCUUUUGAAAAUCUAUUGAUUAGGUUCCCUUGAAAGUCGCAGUUCACGAAAUGAGUAGAUUCUUUGGUAAUCGUAUUUCCAAUUUAUAGAAUAAGAAGUGCAUUGAGUUAGAUUUUUACCUUGUGACCUUUUUUUUUUUUAAUCCUAAUCAGAAAAAUAUAGGAUAUGUUUUUUAUUUGUUAGAGAAUGUUAAUAAUUGUGUGUCUUGUAAAUUAGAAGAGAAAAGAAGGCACGUGUAAAAAUCUAAUACGGAGGAUGAAUCAAUGUCUUCUUAUUCGUAUAUUGUAAUAACUGUAGGUUUUUCAUAUAUAUUAGGUAUUACACAUCAAAUGGGUGCAUAACGUUCCAAUAAGUAAAAUCAAUGAUUUACUUUUAGAGAGACAAACGCAAGUAUUAAUUUGCCUCUUUUUUUUUUUUUUUUUUUUUUUUUUUAAUUUUUCAAUCACUUAAAUAGAUUUAGUGCUUUUUCUAUUUAUAAUUCAUUGCUAUUCGACGUUUAAUUCAAUAAUUUUAAUAACCAUUUUAAGAACAAACGAGACGAGUCUCUUCGAUUCUUUUUCUUCGGUGAAUAAUUCUCGAAUAAAUUAGUCUUACUGUUAGCAAUUGUUCAGGGUACCAAAAUCAUUCUCCUAGAGUUAAUAAGCACCCGAUUCCCUUGCUAGGAUCUAACGAGUAUAUUCGUGAUAGGCGUAGAAAGAAAUGUUAACAAUCUUAAUUAUAGUACACCAUGUAAAUGUUUUUAUAAAAUAACUUGCCCAUCGAAGUAGAGUCCAUUCUUCUAUAGAAUAUUCACGAUCAGGUGAAAUGGAUUAUUAGAGUUAGCAUAAGUCAUGCUUGUGACGUACCAUAUGGCCCAUUUCUUGAUGUUAUUUACUUAGAAUCGUUUAAUUCGUUUAGAACUUGUUCCUUGGGCUGUUGGUAAACGACAACUAAAUCUUUUUCACUAUCUUCUAUGAACAAACGCAAUUGACCGAGAUAUUUCGUUUAAAUGGCAAUUUGUGCCUUCGAUUCUGUGUACUUGGUAAUAUUUCAUGCAAGUCUCUUUAAAGGAGUUUUUCUUUUUUGUUUCAUGCCUGGUAUACAGAAGACACUAAUAAUAACGAAUUUCGCAACGUAUUGAAGUAAUUAGCAACGACUUAAAAAUAAUUAACUUGCCGUGCUCAUCACACUGUUCUCACGCGACUGCAUAUUAUUUGUCUGUUAAUUAUUGUGAUGAAGUAAUCCAUAUAUAGUAGGUGCCAAACGAUAAGAAGCCAACAAGAAUUUUGUAUGCCAUGCAUAAACUAGAUGCAUAGAAAUUGGAAUCAGUUUCUGACAUUAGCCUUGAUACUGGGAGACAACGAUGUUUUAAGUACCAAGUACCGUAUUAACUAAUUCUUGGGAAUUAGUUGAUGAUUCGUAGGAACUUCCUCGCAUUCUUAAAGAUGAGAAAAAGCAUAGAAUUAUUGAUAAUAAUUCUAUUCGCUUUGAUCUAAAGGUACUUGAUACUAUUCAUCGGAUGUUGAUAUUUUCUGUACAACCUGGGGGUGUAAAGUAUCAAGGUUGAUAUCAAAAAUUGAUUCUGAUCAGUACGUGUUAAAUUCAUGAACCAUGUCCAUGGUUGCGUUAGUAGAUUUUAUUUUGUACACUUUUAACCCUCUUCACAGAGCGUGUCCCUGCGCAUCGAUCAGCUUAGCGAGUAGACUUUAAGACACUUAAAAGAGCCGAGGGGAACAGAAACAGGGGGUUAAAAGAGCCAAUCUCUUAUCAAAUGCUAACUCCAACUGACUUGCUCAAUGGUAACAUGUUUAAGUACACGUUGAGCAUCGUGGAAAGACUGAAUAUACGUCUAAUUGCUUCUAGAAGAAGCAGAGUUGAACAAAAAAAAAAAAAAAAUGAGAAAAAGAAAAAAAAAGUUAAAUCUGUACUCUUUAAGUCGAGCUUUCAUGUAAGUCACGAUCGUCAAAAAGAAACAAACAAAAAAAAAAUUGAGAAGAAAAGACUUGGAUCGUGUUCCAAAA